AUGAAUUCUGAGAGCUUGCAGCUAUGUACAGAGGGACUUGGUUUUGAAAGCUCUGAUGACGUUGAGGACUUGAAGAGUGAGAUAGGUGAAGAUUGGCAAACACAGCAGAAGAGAGAAAGUAUUGCAAAGCAUUCUCCAACAGAGAAUCUAUGCAGCGAUUUCAGAAGGUCAAAAACAUGUGGCAGAACAUUCCCUCCUCCGAUUUCUAGUAUAGGGAAGAGCGGUAAGCCUUGGGUUUGCUUCAAGUCAUACAGGCAUGAAGGCAGAUUCGUCCUUAAGGAGAUAAUGAUGCCCAGCCAAGAAUUUUUGCAUGCAUGCAGAGAAGAUGGGCGUCUAAAGCUGCAGUUUAUUCAGCCAAAUGAUGAUAUCCUGGAACUUGAAGAAGAGGGUUUUGAGGAAGAUGAAGGGUUUGAAGAUGUAGACGUAGAGGAUGAGGACAGUGAAAGCUUUGAUGAUGUUGAAGAAGAGAGAAGGAUGGUUGACAACAGAAGAAAUGAAGUCAGAAAAAUUUCGCAAUAG